AUUGUCGAGUGCGUACGACUACGGAUCGUUUUUUUAUACUGUCUACACAACAGUAAUUGUUUAAACUAUAAACUAAACAAUUUUUGAAAAAUUCAUUUUAAUUUUAUUUAAGUUUGCUUGUUUUACUUGGUUUUUGUUUGAGUGGGUGUGUGUGUUGAUUACUUUUUGCUAAUUUUUUUGGAAAGUGUGAAAUUGUGACGUCACUUGACAUCAACAUCUUUCUGUUUGUUCUUUGUUGCUAUAUAAAUUCGCGCGCGAUUAAACAUCAUCACCACGUGUAGGCAUCGCGCGAGGAAAAUUUCGCAUCACAUUCAAAACCUGACCUGACCACGCAAGGUAAAGUUGUUGCUUGUUUCGCAAAAUGGAUUUAGACAAAAUCUUAUUAGACAUUGGAGGUCUCGGCAAGUAUCAGAUAAAGCGGUACGCUCUUCUGUGCUUGGUACUAAUUUUCGCCACCUUUCCAACACUCAGCUACGUUUUUACAGCUAGGGAUGUCGAUUAUCGAUGUUAUAUUGAUGGCUGUGAUUUGCCAAAUACAAUACCAAAUUACAAUGCUUCCUGGGUGCAGUAUUCUGUACCUUACAAAAAUGGCCUACCCAGUAAGUGCCAAAGGUAUCAACGCACGGAUACCCGCUGUAAUGGUUGGGCCUUCAACCGGAACCAAACUGUCGGAUGUGAUCGAUUUGUUUAUCGGAACAAAGAUGAUUCUACAAUAGCCACAGAUUUCAAUAUAGUUUGUGAGGAGAACCUAUGGAAGUUAACCAUAGUUGGUUCGAUAAACAACAUUGGUUUUCUACUUGGCCUGCCAUUAUCAGGUUUUAUUUCCGAUAGAUACGGUCGGAAAACGCUAAUGUUGUUUGCGAUAUUGUUUAGCACGAUAAUGGGUAUAACAAAAUCGCUAAGUCCAAACUAUUUGUUUUUCGUGACGUUUGAGUUUCUGGACAUGAUGCUCGGAGCUGGUCUCUACACAGCCGCAUACAUUCUAGGAAUGGAACUGCUCGUGCCUGAGUAUAGAGUAAUGGGGAGCACGAUCAUGUCGAGCGCGUUCGCGCUGGGCGAAGCGUUGAUCGGUGUGACGGCCUGGUUCGUACCCUGGAGGAUAUUUUUACGCAUUCUAUACAUACCGGGUGUACUCUUUGUAUCAUGCUAUUGGCUUACAGAUGAGUCUGUCAGAUGGAUGAUAUCCAACGAUCGCAACGAGGAAGCUGCCUGUGCGUUGAAGAAAAUCGCCGCACAAAAUGGCCGUCGAUUAGAUGAAGCUGUGGUCAAACGGUUGCAUCUUGAAGGAAUUGGUGGGCCGGAACACCAUCAUCAUACGGAUACAUUUUUGGAAGCGCUGAGGUCACCUGCAUUACUUAUACGUCUUGCAAAUUGUUCACUGGCGUGGAUCAGCUGCACGUUUGUGUAUUACGGGCUAACGAUGCAUUCAGUAGGCAUUUCAGGAAAUGUCUAUGUCAACUUCAUAGCUGUCUCUCUUAUAGAGAUCCCUGCGUAUGUGCUAGCGAACGUGUUGCUGAAUAAGUUAGGAAGGAGGGCUACGUUGGCGGCGUCGUUCAUGACCAGUGGGUUGGCCUGUGUUGGGUUUGUCUUCAUUCCAGAAUCUGAUGGCACUCUGAGGUUAAUCGUGUUCCUAUUGGGCAAGUUUUCAGCGACUGUUUCCUAUGCUACCAUUUACUUGUAUACCACUGAGAUGUUCCCGACCAGUUUGAGGCAUACCUUCAUGUCGACCUGUUCUAUGUUCGGAAGGAUUGGUUCCAUCAUUGCUCCGCAAGUUCCUAUAUUGGCGCAGAUUUCUCAAUCACUUCCUCUGUUCUUAUUUGCAUCAAUGGCGGGGACUUCCGGGUUGCUUUCGUUAUUCUUCCCGGAAACUUUGAACGUAAAACUGCCGGAUACAAUCGUGGAUGCUGUGAAUAUGGGACGACAGGAGAAUAAUAAUAAAAUGCUCAAAGCGUAACCAAAAUUUAAAAAAACCAAGAGAUUUUUUUCGCAAUAUUUGCGAUGAUUUUUACAAAACUAGUUUAUAUUACUCUUAAUUUAAAAAAGUUUUAACUAGUUUGUAGUGCAACGUGUAUAAUGCUCAUAUUAUAUGUUAUCCGGAUAAAGUAGUGGCAUCUGCACUUCUUUUUUGUAUUUAUUUGUUGAUUAUAUUAAAGAUUUAUCAAAAAUUAA